AUGAGGAUCUCCAGGCCGCCGAGGAGCAGAACCAGCCGCCAACAAGCUGAAGCAGAAGUCUCCUCGACCAUCGAGGAUGUCGAGCAGAGCCUUGACCGUGAGAAGCGCAACCGUGCUGAUAUGGACAAGGCCAAGAGGAAGGCUGAGGGCGAGCAGAAGAUUGCUCAAGAGGAAUUGGAUGAGCUGAACAAACAGAAGUCCGACAUCGAGAACAGCCUUCGCUGCAAGGAAAAUGAGCUGCACUCUCUUGGAAUGAAGCUCGAGGAUGAGCAAAACAAUGUUGCCAAGCUCCAGAAGUCGAUCACGCGA